AUGAAGAUAGAAGACAAGCUUUUUAUCUUUAAUGUGACCAUGACGGAUAUAAAACUGAAGUUGGAAAGUGAUGCUGGGGAGACAGACUGGUUGCACAGAGAGCUGGUAGAGCCAAAUCAGCUUCAAUUGCUGUCAUUGACUUCAGGAGUUGAUAGUACCACUGUUGAGGAAAAUGAAAUUAUUGAUAACUAUGAGACUCAAGUCCAACAUUUUAAGCAGGAGUGGAUGCAGGUAACAGACUUGUGGCAAACAGCAUCGCAGGAGCUUGACCGGCUACAAGAGUUCUACGAUAAAAUAGUCACUAAUGGACUCAAUGCUGAUGUGACUGGACAACAGCUACAGGCAAACUGUAAUUUCUCAAAGACAAUGACGGGACACAGCACAGAGAUGGAGGAUUUACAAAACCAGCUCAGAACAACCAAAACUGAUCUGAGAACAGCCAUCGCCAAAGUGAAUGAGAUGACCCAACAGCUCCAGUCUCUUCAACAGCAGCUAAAGAGACAGGAGGAUGAAACAGAGGCCCGGAGUCGAGAGGAAGCGGCACAGAGAGAAAUCGAAGAGCUUCAGACAACCAUCAAGCAGCAAGAGACCAGAAUAAAAACUGUAUCUCAGGAGGCAGAGACUGCGCUGAAAGAUCAAACUAUGUGGGAAAAUACAGCAGGGGACCUAAAGGCCCGUUGUGCUGCUUUAGAACAGGAGAAGUUUGAAGGUUUGGACAAAGUGCGAGAAUGUGUGCAGAUGGCUGAGGAGGCAGCAUUGCAGAAGGAUGAGGCACAGUUAAGAGCAAAGCAGUUGACCCAGGAGCUUGAGAAGACAAAAAAGAGUUUCCAACAGUUGAUGCACGAUGCUUCUCUUUGUUCCAAUAAAGAGCUCAAUAUUAUGCGUCAGCAGUGCAACAAUGAAAUGCAAAGUAUGGCUGAAGAAUUGUCCCUGUUACAACUGGAAUGUGUGGACAAACAAUCUCAGCUUGAGAGAGCUAAUCGAGAGAGAAAAGCUUUGGAAGAGGACCUGGCAAAGAUGAAGAAAUGCAAGCUUGAAUACGAGCUUGGGAAAAUUGAUGCCCUUCAACAGAGGUGUCUAAAGGCAGAGCGUAUGAAGGAUGACUUAAGCAUCACUUUGCAAAGUACCCAAAGCAAACUAAAAGAAAUGGAAUUGGAGUACAGUGCAGAGUUGUCUCAUUGCCGGGACGAAGUGCAGCUGCUAAAGGGCUAUUUGACUGCAGCAAGAGAGGACUCUGUUAGAAUCAGCUGUGAGCGACUCCAGUUGCAACAAGAGAAUGUUCAAUUUCGCAGAGAGAUGGAUGAGCUGCACAAGGCUUUCUUGCUGGUCCAAAAGAAAGCCAAACAAAAGAUGACACAGAUGGAGCAAGAGCACAUCAUAAAAGAGAAAUUACUAAAAGAAAAGAUGGCUGAACUGGAGGAGAGCAGUUGCAACUCAAGUGCUGAUCUGAUGAGCCUUCUUACUGCACAGCAAAAAAGUAUCCAACGAUGGAAAGUGGAAGCACCAAAGAUGGUCAACGCUUUCGAAUCCAAAAUUAAAAGGCUGACAGAGCAGCUGAAUCAACACCAACAACAUUCAUAUGUGUUUCAGAAUCAGCUCACAAAAAACAACAAUACAAUUGUUGAGUAUGAGAGACAGCUUGCAGCGUUUCAAGAAAAAGCUAAUCUCCAGAGACAAAUCACCGAAUUUGAGGAGAGCACAGUGAUGCCUUCAUAA